CGGUGCGCCUGUCCGCAUUCUCGGAGUCCCGUCAUCUCGUCAUCCCGUCCCGUCUUAUCCUACCCUGUUCUAUCCUAUCCUACCCUGUUCUGUCCUGUCCUGUGCUAUCCUAUCCUGUCCUGUCCCGUCCCGUUCCUCGCCAUGGGCUCGACUCCUCCUGUGUUCAUCGGCGCCGAGGAGGUGGAGAAGCACCUGCACCGCGCCAGCCUCCUGCUGCCGGCGCUGGAGGCCGCCCUGGCCAACUUCUCCGCGGGCGCGGCGGGCGGGGUGGUGCAGCCCGUGCGCACCGUGCUGCCCGUGCCCCGCCACGGCGGGUACCUCGGAGUCAUGCCCGCGUACAGCGCUGCCGACGAUGCGCUGACAACCAAGCUGGUGACUUUCUAUGAGCACCUGAAGGACUCCUCUGUGCCUUCCCACCAGGCGACUGUCCUCCUGUUUGACCCCAGCAAUGGUACUCUGAAGGCUGUCCUGGAUGGCAGUGUCAUUACAGCAAAACGAACAGCUGCGGUUUCUGCCAUUGCUACCAAGUUGUUAAUGCCACCUUUUGCAGAAGUGCUGUGCAUUUUGGGAGCUGGUGUUCAAGCAUACAGCCAUUAUGAUAUCUUCACAGAACUGUUCACAUUUAAGGAGGUGAGGGUAUGGAAUCGCACCAAGGAGAGGGCAGUGAAGUUUGCCAGCUCCGUCGGCGGCCCCGUGCGGGUCUGCUCUUCCGCCCAGGAGGCGGUGACAGGGGCUGAUGUGAUUGUGACAGUCACUAUGGCAACAGCUCCCAUCCUCUUUGGAGACUGGGUGAAGCCAGGUGCCCACAUCAAUGCUGUUGGAGCAAGCAGACCAGACUGGAGAGAGCUGGAUGAUGAGCUGAUGAAGAAUUCCGUUCUGUUUGUGGAUUCCAGAGACGCUGCUCUUACAGAAUCAGGAGAUGUUAUUUUGUCAGGGGCGGAGAUUUUUGCUGAGCUGGGGGAGGUAUUGAAGGGUACAAAACCAGCCCUGCCUGAGAAAACAACAGUGUUUAAAUCAUUGGGGAUGGCAGUUGAAGACACAGUAGCAGCAAAAUUUGUUUAUGAUGCGUGGUCAGCUGGUAACUGAAGAGAGAAGUCUACAAUGCCAAUGAGGCCAAGAAAAUUGUUUGCACUUAGUUUCCUUGAAUCCUGUGUUAACAAGAAAGGCACCAAUCCUAUCUAAGUCCUUCAAGAAUAUUCAAGAAGGACAAGUAAAAUUUCAGCAAUAGACUAAUUUCUAAAGUCUUCUAAUUUCAAGUAUUAGCUACUUGCAGUAUUGUUAAUAAAUGUCUCCCUUUUGUAACAGCAAGUAUUAGAUGUUUGCAGUGAUACUAACAAGGGUAUCUUUCCAUAUUUUGGUAUCAUUCUGGAAUCAAUGCCUUUCUUCUCUAAUUAUUUAUGUAGCAGAAGCCUGUGUGUAGAUUUCAUGGUUUUUAGAGGGAUAAUUAAUUCUGGCGUAAAAUAGAUCAGUUUGUAGAAUGGACUCUGGCAUCAUAUUUACCUGUGAUGGUACUUUAAAUGCAGCUGUGGGUUUCAGUGCUCCAGUGACAGUGACCUUGUCUUCAGCACAAGGAGGGCUGUGGGCUCCUAAGCACACAGCCCACCUCUAACUCUUUUCCUGGACACACCUUCCCUUCCAGCUCACUGGAAGUCACCAUUUUUUUCACCCCUGGCAAUCCACCUCCUUUUGCCCUCAGACUCAAUGAUUUUUCACUGAGGGUGCAGUUCUGAGUGGGGGUUUAUGUAAUAACCAUACCUCCCUGCAGUUGGUUUCUGCUCAGUACCUCCCUUAGAACAUGCCUCACUGGGAUAUUGCCAUUUUCAUAUUGCAAGGAGUCACACAGAAUGUGAGGACUAAUAUGUGUUUUCAUUUAACUUUUAUCUCAGUUCUGUAGGGAAAUAUUGCUGUUAAUCUCUGGUGCCUUUAAGUUGUUUUUCUAAGCUUCUUGAAGGCUCGAGCCACACAAACUGAUUUCAAGUAUGCAGGCAAAUAUUUUCAGUUUGGCUGUACCAUGCUUCAAUUGCUAAUUGUUCUAUUAUCACAGAUAUUAGCUGGGGCAGGAAUUUUCAUGAUCCUUUCCUGGCAGAGGAACCCAGUGACAUAAGGAAAAGUUCCAGUUUUGUGCUGUUAUGCAACUGCCUUGCAAAAAAGUGAGCAUCUGCUGAAAAACAGCUAUUGCCCUGGAAACAAAUUCCUGUCUCAGGCUCACAAGUUGUGCCUUGGGAAGUUUUAUUUCCAUUUGCAUAUUAUUUCAUGCAGGCUAUUAAGUGUUUCUUCAUGCUGUGGAAGAGUUGGAUGACAGGGCAUUUUAUAACAUGUCAGUAGAACAGAGAAGAGCACGGGAAGGAGUUUCAGGAGCAGCUGGCAUUAAAGUCUUGGAGGGUGGAUAGGUAAGUGUAGAAGAGGUUAAUGAGUACAGUGCAGGUGUGAUGUAAAUAAUACUCCCAGUUGUAAGCCUGGUGUAGGCUAGUUGGAAAAGUACAAAGUGGUAGAGGUAGCAUAGAAAGGUACCAGACCCCUGAUAGGCCUGAAGGAUGUUUGAUGUGGAUCCAAACUGAACUCCACUGGUCCUGUUUAUCCCAUCAGAAAAAAACAACAGAAAUUUCUCUGUGAGCUUUUGUGUUUUAAUUGUAGCAAAAUUACUCUUCUGUCUUUACAUGUUUUGUUUCUUCUCUGUCAUUUCUGAAGUGUUCAGAAGUUUGUGUUCACUUAGUUCCUUGGUUCAUUCAUGCAGAACUACACUAAUCUGAGGUAAACGUGAAAGCAAACGAUGCUCCAUUAUUCAAGAACUCUGUGGAAACUUGCAAUUAAUAAUUAUGACAAUAUUAUCCCAGUUCCAUGCCAGUGUUAUACCAGAUUUGCAAUUUGAAGUGAGAUGUAGUGUUUGGGAAGAAGACAAGUCCAGUUUAUUUUCACAUGUACUCCCCUACAGACUAUGCACUUUAAAAAAAUAAAUGGGGCCAGUCCAAAGACCUGGUUCUGAGAGCCCACAUUGUUCUCAGCUUCAUUGGCAGUGGGAGAUUUUGGGAGCCUGGCUUCAGUGUUGUACCUCUGAUGUCAUGAAGUUCAGUUACAAUGAGAAUUGCUUGGAUGCCACCUUUAGAUUUUCUGAGGGGAAAUAAUAGCAUCAAUUUCUGUGUUUCCUUCUCUUACAAACUAAUGGAUCAUGAAAUUGUGUGACUUGCAUUUGUAUUAAAAUUAAAUAGAUACUGGUGUUUUUCUUUGACACUCA